AUGGCACCUACGCUUAUUGCCGCGUAUAUUCUGUGGAUGAAUGCAGUUGAUCGGGUCGACCAAUUGCGCAGUACAAACCCAACUCGGCGGCGAGAAAAACGCCUAGGGGUGAGCAUGUUCACGUGGAUGAUGGAUGUUGCCAUUCUAAAUGCGUACACUUUGAUCAAGACAACUAGACCAUCAGCUGUGGAAGUAUUAUCGACUCGGAAAUUCAAGCCCCGGAUUGCCUAUAUUCUUACCAGUAAUGAGAAGCAGAACAAGCGAAGACGUGAGGUGGAGGCAAAAAGCAGCCACCGAGACACUUGA